AGAGAGACGACUGGUACUGGGUGCCUAGGUGAAUUCAGCUAGAAGCACGCAUUGUGGUUCUCUGGAGGAGACACAUCCUCGGUGUCGUAUAGAUCCUCACGCGAGAAAUGGCGAAACCCAAGAAGAAACUGAAUCCAGACCGAGUCAAAGUCAAGCCGAGUCGAGAAGUUCAUAAGAACCCUUUUGAAGUCAAAGUGAAUAAACAGAAACAUCAGGUCAUUAAUCGGAAGUUUAAAUCCGAGCGAGGACUGCCGGGGGUGGCGCGCGACAGGGCAAUCUCCAAAAGGAAAUUGACGCUCUUGAAGGAGUAUUCUCAGCGGCACAGAGACAAUCAGCUGGUCGAUCGCCGAAUUGGAGAAGGAGAUGCUUCAAUGGAUCCUGAAGAGAGAAUAGCUCUGAGAUUGGCUCAGGAAACGAGCAGGAAACUCAAUAGGAAGAAAAACAUUUUCAAUCUCAACGAGGACGAGGUGCUAACUCAUUUGGGACAAACCCUCGACGAUGUUGAUCCAGCGUAUGAUGAUCCUCGAUCGGACGACGAAGACAUUUACGAUAAGCUAGAUGCCGCUUUUGUCAAAGAGGCCCAUUUUGGCGGAUUCCUCUCGAAAUCUCAGGGGGGCGAGGAGGGCCGAAAGCGAGCAAUCGACGACCUUAUCGCCGAGAGCAAGAGGGCGAAGAUGGAACGUCAACUGGAAGUCGACCAGAAUGUCAAGCUCACACAAGAGCUCGACUCUAAAUGGCGGGACUUGCACUCUCUGUUGCAUCACAACGAGAAGACGAGCGCCAAGGCUAAGGGCAACUCCUCGCAGCCGGACCCUUUCGAUCGUCUCGUCAGUGAGCUCCAGUAUGCCCCUAGAGCCGGGGUCGCCAUGGACAAAACCAAAACCCAGGAGGAACUCGCGGCAGAGGAAAGAGAGCGUCUCGAGGAAUUAGAGAAAGAGCGGAGAUCGCGAGCGUUGGGCGAUGUGGACUCGAAGAAGAAGCUCAAGAUCAAACACGUGAGCGCCGACGACAUCGAUGAUAAUUUCGCAAUCGGAGAAGACGACGGGGACUGCGCGGAACCGGACUUAGCGGUUGACGGUGGCAAUAGUGGAGAUUCGGACGAGGAAGAUGAUGCCGGUGAGGAGGUUGAGGAUGACGAAGAGCGUGACGCGGAAGAGGACUCUCAACAGAAAGACUCGGGCGAUAGCGAGGGGGACAGUGGUGAGGGCGGAGACUCCGACGAGGACAGCUAUGACGAUCUUGAGAGUGACGGCCCCUCGGAAGACGAAGACGAGAAAAAGCCAAAGCCAUCGGAAUCCGUGAAGCCGAGAACGCCGCGAAGCAUACUGAAAUCUACGAUUACUACCAAGGAAAUUCCGACGGAGAGCAUCACAACAGACAUCCCGUAUUUGAUCGCAGUACCGGACCACAUGGAUUCAUUCGAGACUCUCCUCGAUAAGAGGAGCCCUCAAGACGAGCUCUUGAUUAUCGACAGGAUCAUCAAAGGCAACGCACCCUCUCUCCAUGAACAGAACCGCAAGCGUCUUGAGAAAUUUCUGCAAUUAUUGAUCGACCGAGUCUACAUGCUGGCGGACGAGCCAUCAAUCGCGCAGGAGACUCUGCAGAGAAUCGAUGGUUUGGUUCCGCAUAUCCAUCACUUGGUGGAGUUGUCGCCUCAGUCUGCAGCGCGGAGUUUCGUCGAAGUUGUCAAGAAUAUUUAUCACGAUGGCCGGGCUAACGGGCCGAAGAAAGACUCGAACUUCCCAGGUUUUGAGAAGUUGAUCAUGUUCAAAUUGAUCGGAAUCUGUUUUUCGGUAUCCGAUUCGAAACACGCGGUGGGUUCUCCGGCCUUGAUCUGCAUGGCGCACCUACUGAGUACGUGCAAGGUGACUGACGCGCGAAACAUGCUGCGAGGCAUUUUCCUCGCCCAAGUGAUGUUGGAAUAUGUCGCGUUCGGAUCUAAAUAUUGUCCUGAAGUCGUAGCAUUCAUACUACGCGUAUUGUCCGAGUCUCACAGAUUGACGGUGUCAGGCCAAAUCCGUGAGAAGGAUCUCCGACUCCGGAUCUCUGAUCUGUAUCGCUUCGUGGACCAAGAUAUACCCCGAACGGACCGUUGCAAAAUCCUUUUUGGUCUCUUGAACCUGAUCGAAUCGGCUGCCGAUGUAUUCAAGGAGCUUCCUUCUUUCCCCGAGAUCUUCGGGAAAAUCCAGCAGCGUCUCGAAAAACUCGAAACCAGCUGGUACCCUCAGAGCCUGAAGGAGCUUUUGACCUCGGUGACUGAGAAGCUGAAUCGAGUAAGGACAAGGGGUCCUCUCCGACGGGAGAAGAAAAGACCCCAGAUGCUGAAACUCUACGAACCACUAAUCGAAGAAAGAGUUGAUAUGCUCCGUAAGGUCCAUCAGGAUAAGGGGGUCAAGGCCGAGACGAAGAAGCUUCAAGCGAAAUACAGAAAAGAGCUCAAGGGAGCGAUGCGUGAGGUCCGUCGCGAUAAUCAGUUCAUAGCUCAAUUCAAACUUCGAGAGCAACUCAAAAUGGACGCUGAGCGUCGAAGAAAGGUCAAAAUGAUAUUCGGGGACGCUGCUAAUCAACAAGGUGAAUUGAACUCUUUGAAAAAGCUGAAAGCGAAGAAAAAGUAG